AUGAGUCAACAACGAGUUUACGGUGUAACAGGCCCGAUUUCUACAGCAGGACCUACAGCAGCAGAAAAUCAACUUAAUGACGCACUAAUUCAGGAGCUUAAGAAGCAGAAAUCUUUCGAGUCUGAAGACGACACGAGGAAGAGAGUGGACGUCUUGAAAAUUCUGCAAGACCUGGCACAGGACUUCGUGUUCCAAGUUUCUAAAAAACGUAACAUGUCAGAUGGCAUGGCCAAAGACGCCGGUGGGAAAAUCUUCACAUAUGGUUCCUACAGGCUGGGUGUUCAUGGGCCUGGUAGUGAUAUUGAUACGUUGGUUGUUGUCCCGAAGCACGUCACUAGGGAAGACUUCUUUACCGUCUUCGACCAAAUUUUGAGAACCAGAUCAGAGCUGGACGAAAUCGCACCAGUUCCAGACGCGUUUGUGCCCAUUAUAAAGAUCAAAUUCAGUGGUAUUUCUAUCGAUUUGAUUUGUGCGCGGUUAGAUAUUGCUCAAGUUCCCGCAAACUUGACUCUCUCGGACAAAAACUUGCUGAGAAAUCUUGACGAAAAGGACCUGAGGGCCUUGAAUGGUACGAGAGUUACGGAUGAAAUUUUGCAACUCGUUCCUAAACCAACGUCAUUCAAGAUCGCUCUUAGGGCCAUCAAGCUAUGGGCCCAAAGAAGAGCAGUCUACGCCAAUAUAUUUGGUUUUCCUGGUGGGGUGGCCUGGGCUAUGCUGGUUGCAAGAAUAUGUCAGCUUUACCCAAAUGCAUGCAGCGCUGUGAUUGUAACCCGUUUUUUUCAUAUUCUCACCAAAUGGAAUUGGCCUCAGCCAGUCCUGCUGAAACCUAUUGAAGAUGGGCCUUUACAGGUGCGCGUAUGGAAUCCAAGAAUAUAUGCACAAGAUAGGUCGCAUAGAAUGCCUGUCAUCACACCCGCCUAUCCCUCAAUGUGCGCUACACAUAAUAUCAGCGAGUCUACCAAAAAAGUAAUAUUAGGAGAGCUUGAAAGAGGAGCUCUUGUAUCGAAUGAGAUAUUCACUGGCAAAAAAUCAUGGAGCGAUUUGUUUAAGAAACAUGAUUUUUUCUUUCACUACAAGUUUUAUCUUACUGUCAUGGCGUCCACUACAGGUUCAGAUGAACAACAUCUGAAAUGGAGCGGCCUAGUAGAAAGCAAAUUAAGACUUUUGGUGCAAAAAUUGGAAAUCUUAAGCGGCAUAAAUUUAGCCCAUCCUUUCACUAAACCUUUCGAAUCUUCUUAUGUCUAUGACAACGAAGCACAAUGCAAGGACAUCAUCGACAAUUAUGGAACUUACAAAACUCAAAACGUGCUAGAACAAUACACCGAAGUUACUGACGAAAACAAAAAUGCUGAGGAUAUUAAAGACAAGAAACAGGUUCACAUCACGACAAUGUACAUUGGGUUGGAUGUUGCUGUCGAUGGGAAAAAACAAGUCGACAUACACGUUCCGUGCUCUGACUUCUUUAAUUUAUGCCGCUCAUUUAGCGAAUACGAUGACACUGAGAUGUUUUCGCUAAUGAUCAAGUAUGUUAAACUUUACGAUUUGCCAAGCACUGUGUAUGAAGAAGGGGAAGAAAGGCCAAUCAAACAUAGCAAAAGGAAAAAGCAGGAUAGAGAAGGAAAGAAAACAAAACGGCCUAAGUCCAGUUCCCAGAAAUCUGAAGAGUUGGCCACCCCUAUCAGCGGCUCUAACGGCAAAAGCUCAUCUCUUGACCAGAAUGUAGCUAGUCCGACAGUUCCUGCUAUGCCGUCGACACCUGCUGUCAACCAUGCCAACGCUUCUGUAAACUAG